UUUUUAGGAAAACUCCAUUUUCAAGUUCUUCAAAUGAAUAGAAAACGAAAAUUAUCGUGCUUUGUAUCUGUCAAGUUUCCCGUGGAUUCCGUAAAAAAACUGAGAAAAACUGAAGGAGUUGGAUCGGUUUAUCAAGAGACACAACAUUUCAGCACUAUUACCACAGUAAAUGGUCCAAGACGAAUAUUUUACGGAAAAAGAAGUGCUCAAAUAUUUUGGAUUCUGGUGGUUAUUUCAAUACUUGCUUUUUUAGUAUAUCAAAUUGUCAUUCUUAUUCAAUAUUUCUAUUCCAAACCUACACUAUCUCAAAUAAACUUUAUCACAAACGAAGGAGCUGUUUAUUUUCCAUCAGUUACAGUUUGCAACUUAAAUCCUGUAAAAACUUCAUUCAUCAAAAAACUCAAUUCUUCUGGAGAUUUAUCGGAAGAAUUGCUGAAUUAUUUGCUGGCGACUAAGACAAACUCUAUGUAUAUGUUCAACAAUGCAAAUAUUUUUGAGUUGAAACGAGCUCACCUCAAUGCGCUUGUCUAUCUUGCUAACCAUCCAGAUUUUGAAAUAGUUAACUUUCUAAACUCUGCCCAAUUUGACUGUGAUGAACUUUUCGAAACAUGCUUCUACGGUGGAAAGCAAUUCAAUUGUUGUAAAUAUAUGACUCAAUCGAUUACUUCUCUGGGUAGAUGCUGGGAAUUGAACCUUCGAAAUGAGACAGAUGCAUGGCUGACAAAGAAAGGAAGAAGUGGAACGUCGCCAAAAACUGGGCUUCAGAUAAUUGCAAACGCCAGACAAUCAGAACAAUUCAUAAACUUUCAUUACUCUAGUUUUCAAGAAAACGGAUUUCGGUAUUUCAUUCAUCCCCCGCAUGUUAGUCCAGAUCUUGCAGCAGAAGGUAUUACUGUGUCACCAUCAAGAGUAGUGAAUUCGGCCAUCAAAACAGUCCUGCAUGACCUGCUGAAUCAUGAAAACUGGGGCAAUUGCACUUCCAGUUGGCCCGAACACUACAAUACUAACCUACCGUACUCCUCAUCCGCGUGUCAGGCUCUAUGUGUUUCCAAUUAUUUCAAGAAACUAUGCGGAUGUUCUCCAUACAGUUAUAAUAUUGAUAACAACACGCAGGUUUGCCUUCCAUAUGAAGAAGUAAUUUGUAUGAUGGAAAAAAUGACCAAAUCGGAUAGUAAUGGCACAGUAUCCCUAGAUUUUCCGUUUUGUGCGGAAUGCCAUUUGGCUUGCCAAAAAACUAGCUAUAGCUCAUACACAUCUUAUGGUGACGGAUUUAAUUAUAAUUCAAUGAAAUGGCUUACAAGAGAAACCAAUCGCAGCGCGAGUUACAUUAGACAAAAUAUAGCAAUAAUAAAUAUUCAUUUUAUGGAAUUGUUCUACACUUCAUACUCUCAAGUUAAAGCAACAACUAUUUUGAAUACUUUCAAUAAAAUAUUUGGUUUGAACGGUUUGUGGUUUGGAAUGUCAGUUGUUUCUUUAACUGAGCUAAUUCUAUACUUCACGAAAAUCUCGUGGAUCGCUGUAUCAAGUAAGCGAAGGCAAUAUCUUUUUGAGAAGAAAAUGUCGGAAAAGAGAAAGGAAAGAAAUAUCGAAGAAGCUGUACAAGAAGCUGAAAUAUCUAGAUCACGAAGAAGCUCAGCUGCAAAUUUGAAAUUUCUGGAUAUUGAAAGUUUAGAUGAUGAAGAUUACUGGUACAGAAGCUCGAGCCAACUUUCGGAUAGCCAUUUGGACAAUGUGAUUCAACUCGCUAUUGACUUUGAAAAACCCCUACAACGUCCUUCCGCGAUUAGUCUUCCAAGAAUAUCGGAAUGUUGUGAAGAUUUUGAAGAAGAGGAUGAAGACGAAAAUAAUGAUCUGGGAAUUAUUAUAAAACUAUGAAAGAUUCAUUGAUCUCAAAUUUUGAAUUUAUAGUGAAAAGCAGAAACCCAAGCAAUUAUUCUCAA